GGUACAUCCAUGCUCACCGCCCUCUUUGACCAUAUAUGGUCCGUCUGGCGGUUUGGUGCUCGGCUACAUCCACCCGGCGAAAAGUGGACACGAGACGUCGGUGUGCUCCUGAGACCAGUACUUCGUUAUCCAGCCUUGCACAACCAUGCCAUCCGACUUAGCCAAGAAGAAGGCAGCAAAGAAGAAGGAGGCCGCUAAAGCCCGCCAGCGUACCAAAAAGACUGAAGAGGAGGGUGAACAACCAGAGACCCAGCUCAACGGAGCUGAGAGCAAUGGUAUUGCCAGUUUGACAAAGGAGCUGGAUGAAUUUGAGCUAGCAAAAACAGAGGCACGGGCAGUGACAGGCGUUCUGGCCUCACAUCCCAACAGCACUGAUGUCCACAUUAGCAGCCUGUCGCUCACCUUCCAUGGCCAAGAGCUUCUUGCAGACACCAGCCUGGAGCUCAACUCAGGCAGACGCUAUGGGCUCAUUGGCCUUAACGGCACAGGAAAAUCCAUGCUGUUGUCAGCCAUCGGGCAUCGUGAGAUUCCUAUUCCAGAGCACAUCGAUAUUUACCACUUGACCCGGGAGAUGGCCCCCAGCGACAAGACAGCACUGCAGUGUGUCAUGGAGGUGGAUGAACAGAGGAUUAUGCUGGAGAAGGAGGCAGAGAGACUUGCUCAUGAGGACUCCGAGUGUGAGAAGCUUAUGGAGCUGUAUGAGCGUCUGGAGGAGCUGGAUGCAGAUAAGGCAGAGGUGCGAGCCUCUCGAAUCCUCCACGGUUUGGGUUUCACUGCUGCUAUGCAGCAAAAGAAACUGAAGGACUUCAGUGGAGGAUGGAGGAUGCGUGUUGCUCUGGCCAGAGCCCUGUUCAUCAAGCCCUUCAUGCUGUUGCUGGAUGAGCCCACUAACCACUUGGAUCUGGAUGCCUGUGUGUGGUUAGAGGAGGAGCUCAAGUCGUUCAAGCGAAUCCUUGUACUCAUCUCACACUCUCAAGACUUCCUGAAUGGUGUGUGCACCAACAUCAUCCACCUGCAUCAGAGGAAACUGAAAUACUACACGGGUAACUAUGACCAGUAUGUGAAGACCAGAGAGGAGUUGGAAGAGAACCAAAUGAAGCGCUUCAACUGGGAACAGGACCAGAUAACACACAUGAAGAAUUACAUAGCCAGGUUUGGUCACGGCUCUGCAAAGCUGGCACGACAGGCACAGAGCAAAGAGAAGACUCUGCAGAAGAUGGUGGCUUCAGGCUUGACUGAAAAAGUUGUGAAUGACAAGACUCUGUCAUUUUAUUUUCCUCCCUGUGGGAAGAUUCCUCCCCCUGUUAUCAUGGUUCAGAACGUGAGCUUCAAGUACAGUGACAACACACCACACAUAUAUAAAAACCUGGAGUUUGGUAUUGACCUGGAUACAAGAGUGGCUCUGGUGGGGCCCAAUGGAGCAGGGAAAUCCACACUAUUGAAGCUGCUGAUGGGAGAGCUGCUACCCACAGAUGGCAUGAUCCGUAAACAUUCUCACGUGAAGAUCGGCAGAUAUCACCAGCAUCUGACAGAGCAGCUGGAGCUGGACCUGUCUCCUUUGGAGUACAUGAUGAAGUGUUUCCCUGAGAUCAAAGAAAAAGAGGAGAUGAGGAAGAUCAUUGGCCGCUAUGGGCUGACAGGAAAACAGCAGGUCAGUCCGAUCAGGAACUUGUCAGAUGGUCAGAAGUGCCGGGUGUGUUUUGCCUGGCUGGCCUGGCAGAACCCUCACAUGUUGUUCCUUGACGAGCCCACCAAUCACCUGGAUAUUGAGACUAUUGACGCAUUGGCAGACGCCGUCAAUGAGUUUGACGGCGGAAUGAUGCUAGUUAGCCACGACUUCAGGCUGAUUCAACAGGUGGCUCAGGAGAUCUGGGUGUGUGAGAAUCAAACCAUCACAAAGUGGAACCGGGACAUCCUGGCAUACAAGGAGCACUUGAAAUCAAAGAUUGAAAAGCAAGCGCAUGACAUCUAAAAAAAAAAAAAACAUCACGCUCUGAGCCACUCCUUUAUCUUGCAUCAUGGAUUUGACCUGCGUGCUCCUGAGGGGGGGGUGAACAGGAUUUGCAUUGCGGGAAAUGUUCCAAGUAGAACUGAAACAAUCUCUUAUGCAUCUUAUCGGACACGUCUCUUGUACAUUUACUGUAUUUCCAUCUCGGUUUGACAGUGCCACACCGUGCUGACUCCUCCCAUCCCCCCCCCCCCUUCACCUCAGGCUGCACUUUGAUUGGCUGAUUCACCUGAAGCGUCUCGGUGCAUUUUGGAACGCAUUCCGUUGUGCUGUCUUCAUAGAAAAGUUUUAUUUUUCCAAAUGUUCUGUUUUAUCCCCACAUGUAUACAGCAGCUUUUAGGUCAUAUUUUAUGAUAUUUAAAAGUUGACUUUUUUUUUUUUCCCUGUGUAAAAGAGCAGUUCUGCCUUAUUUAACAAUGUAAUGCAAUAAAGGUUUGUCUGAAUAAACAGAACAUAAAAACAGCA